GGGAAGGGUGGGCGCUUCCUGUCCGUGCUUCGUUCCCUUAGCUCCUCGGAGACUCCGACGGUGCAGUUCUCGCUGCGAGACGUGCUCAGUAACCAUGGAUAGUGACGAAGAACAUGAUAAAAUUCUGGAUAUAUUUGCUGACAAUUUAUCAGAUAUUCCAAGUGAAAGUGAUGAAAGCUUCGACAGUGGCAAUGAUACAGUUAUUCCUUCAAAAAGGCAGACAAUAGUAAUUUCAAGUGAUUCCGAACCUGAAAAUUUGAACAAUUCCACACACGAUUUUGAGUGUAAUUUGCGUCUUGGUUGCCAAAAUAAUGAUUGGUCAAAAGAGGACUUUCAGCCUAAUUUGGAAAAAUUUGAAGGUAAUUCUGGGGUUACAGUUCUACCAACUGAUUGUAAGAACAUCAUUGAAGUCACCAACUUGAUUUUUGACAACGAUCUGUUUGAACUAUUUUGUCAUCAAUCGAACAUAUAUUAUAACCAAAAUUUGGGAAAGCACAAAGUUUCAAAAACAAAAAAGUGGUCUCCUGUUACUCCAACAGAUAUGAAAAAAUUUUUAGGACUUAUAGUGCUAAUGGGGCGUACUCGAAAGGAUACUUGGAAAGAAUAUUGGUCUACAAAUCCAGUUCUAGCGGUCCCAAUAUUUCCUCAGACGAUGAGUCGAAAUCGUUUUGAACAAAUCUGGACUUAUUGGCAUUUCAAUGACAAUGCAAACAUGACUAAAUCUUCAUCCAGGCUAUUUAAAAUUCAAUCUGUACUCGACCACUUUAUUAGUAAAUUUCAAACAAUAUAUAAACCUAUGCGAGAAUUAUCAUUAGAUGAAGGCAUGAUUCCAUGGAGGGGACGUCUCCUAUUUCAGACUUACAACCCAGCUAAAAUUAUUAAAUAUGGUUUACUUGUAAGAAUGGUAUGUGAGAGCAAGACUGGGUAUAUUUGCAAUAUGGAAAUUUACACAGGUGAAGGGAAGAAAUUGAAUGACUCUAUUCUGUCACUACUUCGGCCGUAUCUGGAUUUGGGGCAUCACAUAUACCAAGGUAACUAUUACAGUAGCAUUUCAAUUGCAGAAACUUUAUUACUACAUAAAACAAGAGUUUGCGGAACAAUUCGAACAAGAGGCUUGCCAAAAUGUUUGAAAGAUGAAGCAUCUACGCUUCAAAGAGGUGAAAUAGCCUUCCGAAGAAAAGGUGAUAUUUUAUUAUUGAUUUGGAAGGGUAAAAGAGAAGUUCGAAUUAUUUCAACUAUCCACAAUGCUUCCUCUUGUGAAACAGAAAAGACAAAUUGGCAUACUGGAGAGGAAAUAAAGAAACCAGUUUCCAUUGUGCAGUAUAAUAACUAUGUACAAGGUGUUGAUCUUGCCGGCCAAUAUCUUUCAACAUGUAGUAUCCUUAGAAAACCAAUAAAAUGGACGAAGAAAGUAGUGCUUUACCUGAUUAAUUGUGGACUAUUCAAUUCAUUCAGGAUUUAUCAAGCGCUCAAUCCAGGAAGCCAAGUAAGAUACAAAGACUUUCUUUUAACUGUAGCAACAGAGUGGAUCUCAUCCGAAGUAGAUAAAUCAGCAGAUCCAGAAUUUAGCAAUCCUGAUCCAUCACUUGUUAGAAGUACGAGAGCUCCUCAGAAAGAUCAUCCACAAAGAUUAUCAGGCAACAUGAAGCAGCACAUCCCUGUGCAAAUUCCAUCUUCAGAUAAAAAGAAAUAUCCUACGAAAGUGUGCAGAGUAUGCAAAAGGAACGGUAAGAGAAGAGAAACGCGUUACAUUUGCCAGCUUUGUUUAGUUCCACUUCAUAUUACACAGUGUUUUACAAAGUAUCACACUUUAAGAAGAUAUUAGCUUAUAGGAACAUGUAAUGAAUAACUUCAAAAUGCAAUGGCUAUUUCAUUUUAAAGCGGGCCUUUAACAUUUCUGUAGAACGUUUUUUGUACUCAUUCAAUAGAAACUUACCUGGCCACUGGGUAAAGCUAGCAACAAAACUACUGGUCCGCAAUGUGUUAAGCAUCAGGACCUGGGUCUCCUCACCUGUGAAACGGAUGACACAGUGAGGCACGGCCUGCCUCCUGAAGCUGCGAAAAGAGUGCACAGGGGGCGGCAGCACCCGCAGCACCAGGCCCCAGAGAACCAAGGCUGACCUGGCCAUUGGUCCAGCACCUGCUGAACUGAGAGCAGGAACUAGAAACAGGGCAGCAUUUCUGGGGUCAGCUGGAAAGAGAAACUUGGUUGGCUUUUCCUCUAUCAGCAAUUCCUGAUUGUUCUCUUUCUGCAUAUUUAUAAUCUGACCACUUAUCUUCAUCCCUACUGCCAUUCACAGAUCAUCACCUCUUGCUUAAGUGGUUUCCCUGUCUCCAGUUCCCAUCCUACCCCCCUUAGAUCAUUCUAAAAUGCAAAUUUGGUUAAGACGUAUGGCUUCCUUUUGCCUCCAGAAUAAAGUACAAACACCUUAACAAGGCUUCCAUCACCUGGCCUCUUCCCACUCCUCCAACUUUCUCUCACUCUGUGUUCCAACCAUCUUCAAAUACUACCUGUUCCUUUACCAUACCAGGCUGCCUCUUACCUCAAAGGCUUUUUACGAAUAGAAACAACUUAAUAAACAUUCUGAACUCUGCUCACACAA